AUGGGAAUUAAAGAUUUGUGGAAUAUUUUGACGCCUUAUUGUGAAAGGAAGCCUCUUCAUGUGCUGGAGGGUCAAAAGGUUGGAAUCGACUUGUCGGGAUGGAUUUGUGAGAGCCAGUGUGUUGUUGAUUACUUUGUUCAACCGAAAAUGUACUUGCGCAAUUUAUUCUUCCGUACUGCGUAUUUAUUGUUGAUGGAUAUCCAGCCGGUGUUCAUUCUCGAUGGCGAAGCACCGAAAUUGAAACAUCUAACGAUCCAAAAACGCAACGAAAUUCAGUUUAUCGGCGCUCGACCUCGUCCUGAAGGCGAUUCGGAUAGCGUCAAGUCCAAAAAGAAAGAAUUAAAGGGCAGAACUCGUUUUAAAUACGUUCUUAAGCAAUGUAGUGACUUACUGGCGACACUGGGAAUCUCCACGAUCCAAGCGAUUGGCGAAGCUGAAGCUCUUUGUGCGUGGCUGAACAAACUUGGCUACCUUGACGGGAUAAUUUCGCAAGAUUCCGACUGUUUUGGGUACGGAGCGACUUGCGUUUAUCGUAAUUUUAGUGUUUCGAAGCAAGGAAAGACCGCUGCUCAAGGUGGAUCGGUUGAUAUUUACGAUAUGACCCGAAUUUGGCAGGCUUUGGACAUCAAACAGAACAAAGCAGUUGUCCUUGCGUUGCUUUGCGGAUGCGAUUAUUGUCCCGGAGUCGAUGGAAUUGGAAAAGAUUCCGUUUUGAAGUUGUUCGCAAUGUACAAAGAUGACGAAAUUUUGCAAAAAAUGCGCGAAUGGCGCGAUAAAAAUGAAAAUCUCACAGCAACGGAGCUAAAAGUCGAUGAUAAAAGUUACUGCAACAACUGCGGGCAUUACGGAACGGCGCAGAAACACUCCAAAUCCGGAUGUAGCUCGUGUCGAACGUCCCUCGGAUGUGACGGAAGUGUGUGGAAGGAACAAAGAUUAAUCAUAAAAGCAGAAUUACAAAUCCGGAAGAAAGCUUUGGUUCAAGAGGACUUCCCGCAAGAAGAUAUAAUCGAAGAAUUUUUGCAAGAACCGCAAUUACCGGACAGCAGAGAGCUAGAUAUGGACUGGAAACAACCAAAUAUUGUAAAAUUCGUGAAAACUCUGUCGAAAUUACUUCAAUGGCCGGAAAUUUAUUGCUUCCAAAAAAUUCUUCCGAUACUUACGAGAUGGCAGUUGACUGCUUUAAGCAAAGAUCCGCACACAAAAUUUACCAGAGGAAGCGUGUACCCAUCAAAAAUCGUGAAAAAACGUGUUUUGAAAGGAGUUGAGAGCUACGAGAUUUUAUGGGAGGACACCGAUAAAUGCUUUGAUGCGAUUUUUUCAGUUGAGGAAAUCAAAGCUUUCGAAAUUGAGCACCCUAAAGAAGGUUUGGACCUGUUAUGGAGUACCGUUGAACCAAAAAUACUCGUGGAAAAAGCAUAUCCCGCAAUCGUAGAACGAUAUCUCGAGCUAACACAAAAGCCAAAGAAGACCACAACUCGAAGAAAGAAACAAGUUGAUGGCGAAAACACUCCUAGAAUCCGUAAAAAAGCGAAAAAAGCUCAAAAUUCAUCGUUGAACGACAUGUCAGGACUGAUAGAAGCCAUAAAUGAUGUCGAAAAAAGUAAAAAACCAACGAAAAAAGCCCCGAAAAAACAACUCGAGAAGGGAAUUCAACCAAUUUCAAAGUUUUUACAGCUCGGAGCACUUGCUCAAUCGACGCCAACACAAAAAAUCUCUCCAAAAACACGAACUCCUUUACAAAUCAUCAACAGAAAACGCGAAAUCUCCUUUGCUAUCAACGUUCCUUCCGAUUUUAGCGAUGACGAGGACAUGAGUGGCUCUUAUAUUGACGUCAUCAACGGCAUUCUCGAACAAAAACCAGAUAAAAGUCAACUUGAUGGCCUCAAAUUAUUCUAUGAUGAACCUCGGGUGACCCAAUUUCUCUCAAAGGAUGACUCUGUGCUGUUAAAAAGCAAGAAAAAAUCAUUCAGAAUCGAUUUGAGUGUCUGCAACAACAGCAUUGAUGACUUCCUGCUAAAAGCAUCGCAGCAAAAUUACAUUUACGAGCCUGAAGAAGCUCCAGCGACCCGAGAUGAGCUCAACGCGAGUUAUUUUUUCCAAGGAAUCACCGAAAAUCCCGGAACAGAAGACUUGUUUGAAGAAAGUGUUCAGAUUCUGACAACGAUUUGAACGGA